CUUACUUGGCCGCCAGAGGCUCCCUCUCUCUCCCUCUCCCGGGAUUUUGCUGCCGGGCUCCCUCUCUCUGCGGCCCUAGAGUUAAUCCCAUCCGCCGAGGGAGCUCGUCUCUCUCCCUGCCACACAGGGAUCCGCCUGGCAGCUGCGGGGAGCCGCAGCCAAUGUGUUAGGACUUCAGGUGCUUCUUGGCAUAAAGCUAGACUGCGACCUCCUACCAUAGCGCUUGGCGUCACCUGCUCUCCCGGUCCUGCCCCAGGGCCGAGGGAUUGCGUCCCGAACCGGGCUUGGGAAUCGGCUGCCUCUCAAAUGAACCCCUAGUUUUGCUUUGAAAAAAAGCAUUUUGUGUAACUCUUGACUGUGACUAAGUUCCUAAUACACCUGUUGGAACGAUCACUGACACAGUAUGCCGUUUGAGAGGUACUUUUUUUUGACCCAAUACUGGUGAUUAAAGAAGAGAGGUAUCUUGGUUUUUUUUUUUUUUCUCUGAUCAUUAUGAACAUUGGCUUUUCACCCCUGAAGUGAAAAUGUUGAAAACUGAGUCUUCGGGUGAACGAACCACUCUCAGAAGUGCCUCUCCUCACAGGAAUGCAUAUCGAACUGAGUUCCAGGCACUGAAAAGUACCUUUGACAAACCCAAGUCAGAUGGAGAACAAAAAACAAAAGAAGGUGAGGGCUCCCAGCAGAGCAGGGGGAGGAAAUAUGGCUCUAAUGUCAACAGAAUUAAAAACCUAUUUAUGCAGAUGGGUAUGGAACCCAACGAGAAUGCUGCUGUCAUUGCCAAAACAAGGGGGAAAGGUGGACAUUCAUCUCCUCAGAGAAGGAUGAAGCCCAAAGAAUUUCUGGAGAAAACAGAUGGCUCAGUUGUUAAGUUGGAGUCCUCUGUUUCGGAACGAAUUAGUAGAUUUGACACAAUGUACGAUGGCCCUUCAUAUUCCAAGUUCACUGAGACUCGGAAGAUGUUUGAGAGAAGUGUGCAUGAAUCAGGACAGAACAACCGCUAUUCCCCAAAGAAGGAGAAAGCUGGAGGGAGUGAACCUCAGGAUGAAUGGGGAGGUUCCAAGUCCAACAGAGGCAGUACUGAUUCCUUGGACAGCCUUAGCUCCCGGACUGAGGCUGUCUCCCCAACUGUGAGUCAACUGAGUGCAGUAUUUGAGAACACUGAUUCUCCCAGUGCCAUCAUUUCCGAGAAGGCUGAAAACAAUGAAUACUCAGUGACUGGGCAUUAUCCCUUGAAUUUACCAUCUGUUACUGUUACAAAUCUUGACACCUUUGGCCACCUUAAGGAUUCUAAUUCCUGGUCUUCAAACAAGCAAGGUGUUGAUAAAGAGGAUGCUCACAAGAGUAAUACAACUCCAGUACCAGAAGUGGCUUCUAAAAGUACCUCUCUAGCUUCGAUACCUGGUGGAGAGAUCCAGCAGAGCAAGGAAACUGAGGACGCUACAACUAACCAACAGACUCCUGACAGCAUUGACAAAGACAGUCCUGAAGAACCUUGUGCUGAAAGUAAGGCAAUGCCAAAGUCUGAAAUCCCUUUACCACAGAGUCAACCAUUAGAAGAUGCUGAAACUAAUUUGGUUGGAAGUGAGGCAGCAAAGCAGCAGAGGAAAGAACUUGCAGGUGGUGAUUUCACCUCUCCUGAUGCUUCUGCAUCCAGUUGUGGAAAAGAAGUACCCGAAGAUUCCAAUAAUUUUGAUAGUUCCCACGUGUACAUGCACAGUGACUAUAAUGUGUAUAGGGUGAGAUCCAGGUAUAAUUCAGACUGGGGAGAGACAGGCACUGAGCAGGAUGAGGAGGAAGAUAGUGAUGAGAACAAUUACUAUCAGCCUGAUAUGGAAUACUCGGAAAUCGUUGGAUUGCCAGAAGAAGAAGAAAUCCCAGCAAAUAGGAAAAUUAAGUUUAGUAGUGCCCCUAUUAAGGUUUUCAACACAUACUCCAAUGAAGAUUAUGACAGGAGAAAUGAUGAAGUUGACCCUGUGGCUGCUUCAGCUGAAUAUGAACUUGAAAAGCGUGUAGAAAAGCUGGAACUUUUCCCAGUGGAACUAGAGAAAGAUGAGGAUGGUCUUGGUAUAAGUAUUAUUGGAAUGGGUGUUGGAGCUGAUGCUGGACUUGAAAAGUUGGGAAUAUUCGUCAAGACAGUAACAGAAGGUGGUGCUGCUCAACGUGAUGGCAGAAUACAAGUCAAUGACCAGAUUGUAGAAGUGGAUGGAAUCAGCUUGGUGGGUGUAACACAGAAUUUUGCAGCAACGGUUCUCAGAAACACGAAGGGCAAUGUCAGAUUUGUUAUUGGGCGGGAAAAACCAGGACAAGUGAGUGAGGUUGCCCAGUUGAUAAGCCAGACACUGGAACAGGAGAGGCGCCAGAGAGAGCUGCUGGAACAGCACUAUGCUCAGUAUGAUGCCGACGAUGAUGAGAACACUGUGGCUGAAUUACAAGGAGUGUCUGGCAACUGCAAUAACAAUAACAACUAUUUUCUUAAGACAGGAGAAUAUGCCACAGAUGAAGAAGAAGAUGAGGUAGGACCUGUUCUGCCUGGCAGCGACAUGGCCAUUGAAGUCUUUGAGCUACCUGAGAAUGAGGACAUGUUUUCUCCGUCAGACCUGGACACAAGCAAGCUCAGUCACAAGUUUAAAGAGUUGCAAAUCAAACAUGCAGUUACAGAAGCAGAGAUUCAAAAAUUGAAGACCAAGCUGCAGGCGGCAGAAAAUGAGAAAGUGAGGUGGGAACUAGAAAAAACCCAACUCCAACAGAACAUUGAAGAGAAUAAGGAAAGAAUGUUGAAGUUGGAAAGCUACUGGAUUGAGGCCCAAACGUUAUGCCACACAGUGAAUGAACAUCUCAAAGAGACUCAAAGCCAGUAUCAGGCCUUGGAAAAGAAAUACAACAAAGCAAAAAAAUUGAUCAAGGAUUUUCAACAGAAAGAGCUUGAUUUCAUCAAAAGACAAGAAGCAGAAAGAAAGAAAAUAGAAGAUUUGGAAAAAGCACACCUUGUGGAAGUGCAAGGCCUACAAGUACGGAUUAGAGAUUUGGAAGCUGAGGUAUUCAGGCUACUGAAGCAGAAUGGGACUCAAGUUAACAAUAAUAACAACAUCUUUGAGAGAAGAACAUCUCUUGGUGAAGUCUCUAAAGGGGAUACCAUGGAGAACUUGGAUGUCAAGCAAACAUCUUGUCAAGAUGGCCUAAGUCAAGACUUGAAUGAAGCAGUCCCAGAGACAGAGCGCCUGGAUUCAAAAGCACUAAAAACUCGAGCCCAGCUCUCCGUGAAGAACAGACGCCAGAGGCCUUCUAGGACAAGACUGUAUGAUAGUGUUAGUUCCACAGAUGGGGAGGACAGUCUAGAGAGAAAGCCUUCAAACAGUUUCUAUAACCACAUGCAUAUUACCAAAUUACUUCCACCUAAGGGUUUGAGAACUUCUUCUCCAGAAUCAGAUUCUGGUGUUCCACCCCUCACCCCAGUGGCUAGCAAUGUGCCCUUCUCGUCUGACCACAUAGCUGAAUUUCAAGAAGAACCACUGGACCCAGAAAUGGGGCCUCUCUCCUCUAUGUGGGGAGACACUUCACUCUUUUCUACUUCAAAGUCUGAUCAUGAUAUAGAAGAAUCUCCUUGCCACCACCAAGCCACCAACAAGAAAAUAUUACAAGAAAAAGAUGAUGCCAAAGAUCCCAAAUCACUAAGGGCAUCCAGUUCGUUGGCGGUACAAGGAGGAAAAAUUAAGCGGAAGUUUGUGGAUCUGGGGACGCCUUUGCGAAGGAAUUCAAACAAGGGAAAGAAAUGGAAAGAAAAAGAAAAAGAAGCCAGUAGGUUUUCUGCCGGUAACAGGGUCUUCAGAGGCAGACUGGAAAACUGGACACCCAAGCCACGUUCAGCAGCUCAGACCUCCACUCGUUCCCCUUGCAUGCCUUUCUCAUGGUUUAAUGACAGCCGGAAAGGAUCCUAUUCCUUCAGGAACCUGCCUGCACCUGCAAGUUCCCUUCAGCCUUCUCCUGAGACUCUAAUUUCAGAUAAAAAGGGGUCCAAGGUAGAAAACACAUGGAUUACAAAAGCAAACAAGAGAAACCCAAAUCCCUCCUCUUCUUCAAUCUUUGGAAGGCAUUCUCAACUUAUGUCUGUAGUCUGGAUCCAAGAAACCAAUAAUUUUACCUUCAAUGAUGACUUCAGUCCCAGCAGUACCAGUUCGGCAGACCUCAGCGGCUUAGGAGCAGAACCUAAAACACCGGGGAUCUCUCAGUCCUUAGCACUGUCAUCAGAUGAGAGCCUGGAUAUGAUAGAUGACGAGAUCCUUGAUGAUGGACAGUCUCCCAAACACAGUCAGUGUCAGAAUCGUGCCGUUCAGGAGUGGAGUGUGCAGCAGGUUUCUCACUGGUUAAUGAGCCUAAAUUUGGAGCAGUAUGUAUCUGAAUUCAGUGCCCAAAACAUCACUGGAGAGCAGCUCCUGCAGUUGGAUGGAAAUAAACUUAAGGCUCUUGGAAUGACAGCAUCCCAGGACCGAGCAGUGGUCAAAAAGAAACUCAAGGAAAUGAAGAUGUCUCUAGAGAAGGCUCGAAAGGCCCAAGAGAAAAUGGAAAAACAAAGGGAAAAGCUAAGGAGAAAGGAACAGGAGCAAAUGCAGAGGAAGUCCAAAAAGACAGAAAAGAUGACGUCAACUGCAGCCGAGGGUGCUGGUGAGCAGUAACACAUACCUUCUUACAGAUGAUGGAGAUGCUCCAAGAGAAGUCCCCUGAAACUAAAUGAUAGGGGUAAUGCGGCUGUAAGACCCAUGUGUUGAAUAACUGCAUUUUCUGCAGUAGAAUGCAUUCUUAAUUUUAACUACUAAAAUAAUCCUAAGCCACCUUUGGUUUAUUAACAAACCAGAGAUCUCAUUUAAGUAGCUGUGUUUUACUCUUCUCUAGCUUACCAACAUCUCGUGUUGUGUUGGGUGUGUUUUGUCACUUGGAGAACUAGUGUGACCCCACCCAACAAGAGCAUGACACACCUUGGUGUUGUUAAUGGAGCACCGUGAAUUUUGAGUAUGGGAUCCUGAAAUGGCAAUUGCACAUGUCUGCAUGGCAGAGAGCAGCCUGCUAUGAGAUCUCGGACCAGUACUUAUUUCUAGGGCUGCAAAACCUACUCCAAUGUGUGAGAAAAGUUCCUUCUUAGAAAUUCUGAGUCUGGACAGUAAGACCACCCCACUAUGGAAACAUGGGUGCUCUGCUAUGUAGUUACCUACUAAGGGAAAAGGCAAGCAAGCCAUUCUGCUUGCUAGACAUCAAAAAGAAAGAAAAGAAUUAUAGCUAUUUGUCAACCACUGAAAAAAGCAAAAGCCUUAAGAAUGUGGACUGGGUAUUCUUGAGGUUCUGAGGGUAACAUUUAUCCUCCAGAUAUAGCUGAACAAGAAAGAAAAAAUCAGACAUGAAUGCAGCCAUGGGAUAUUGGGAUCUGUUGACCUUGCUACUGCUGUGUGUUCAGUAUUUCAGCAACACUGGCAAACACAGCACAGUUCCUCUUCCCCCACCCACCCCAAGAAAUUGAACAGGAAAUUGAUUUCUAAGGAAACCACCAUUUUCAGGUUUCGUCUUCUGGGGAACAUUCUGGCUGGUCUUCAGCCUGCCUAUGACACAAUCAGGAACUGGUCACAUAUUUUCUACUCAAGAUUUCCCAGGUGGGCUCAGUUAGUGUUUUAACAAAUGUACUUUUAAGAAAAAUAGAAAUACCAGUUAGAAGAAAUUUAAAUUUGAGUAACAUUCAACCAGAGAACCAAUUUUUUUGAGUACAAAGAAUGUUCCUGUAAAGAAGGAAAAAUCUCUCUAAAAUGCUGUCCGUUAACAUUUUGGAUUUUGAAUGGUUUUUCUGAGCCAUUCCUUUCCAUACCUCAAAGAUUUCCAGUUCUACAGAAAAAGUUUAAGGCAGUGCAUGAGAUACACUUUAGUAGUGGAGAAACUUAUACUAAUUUUAAACCAGUAUUAAGGAUUUCAGUAUUUCACCAAACUAAGUCAAGUGCAGACUGGGGCAGAAGAAGGAGAAAAACUCAUUUUGAGAAAUUUCAUAUGAUGAGGCUUUAUGGUUUUUUGUUUUUUAUGCUCAUGUAUCUGGUUCUCUGCUGCAUUGACUCUAAAAAUGAGGUUAUCCACUUUCUAAGGGGCAAGUUUCAGAAUAAGACUGGAGGCCACAUGAAUUCUUGGACAAGUAUUUUACUUCCUUUACUUAUGAGGAUCUCUGCUUUGUUCCCAGCAUCGUCAUAUCUUCCACUAGAAGCAUUCUAUAUGCAGAAGUUGGGUAAGAGCUUUGAGCAUAACAGAUUAAGGGAACUCCCUUCUAGCCCCAUCUUGUAUUUUAAUAACAUUGUGAUAUUUUUUGUUGUUAAAAAAAAUUUUUUUGACUUAUUUGAAACUCUGAAUUCAGGAAUUAUUUAGACAUUUUUAAUUCUGUUCUUCCCCCAAAGAUUGUUUCCUUUUCAUUGCCAGAGUAUUGUCUGUUAUGCUUCAGCUCUUUUUUCAUUAGGUACAGACCAUUCAUCCUCAGAAGCGUUGACAUAAAGUAAUAUUGUGUUUUACAGUUAUCAUAGUCAUCAUUAUGUUUUUCCGUCUAUCAUCUUCAUUUGGGGUAUGAUAAUGAAACUGCCAUACUGGAUACUCUUUAAUAUCUUGAGAUGUCUGUUACUUUGUUAUUUACUAACAUCAUGAAAAAUAAGCAGCCACUAUUAAUGAGUGGUAAAAUUUGGCAAAACUUUUCUAAUACUAAAACACUAAAUUAGUAAAAAAUCUGGUAAUACUAGUACUUUCUAUUAUAAAUUUUUGCCAAUCUUUGGGGAAAGAAGUGACCUGGAUCACACUGGAAGUUUCACUGUAUUCAAGAGUAGAAAUAGAAGGAUGAUUAUCUUAAGUUAUGUUUACACUCUGGUGAUAUUUGAAAAUGGAUGUAUAUACUGGAAAUGUCUGUUAAGUGUCUGUCUCUAUGCCUAAUUUAUGAUCUAUUCUAUUGCAUUUUCUUAAAUGUCUUAGAAGUAUUCUUUAUAAUUUUGUACAUUGAAUGUGUAGAUAAAUGUCCAACUGACAAUAUUAUAAAUCAAAUUCUUAGUUCUUAAAUCAUUUAGUAUUAUAACUAUUUUGAUUUUUUAAGUUAAAUUAUAGUAAUUUUAGGCCUAAAUGAGUUAUUUUAACAUUACUACUUAGAUGAAAUUGUAAGUCACUUGGUUUGAUUAUCCCACAAAGCAUAAGAUGUAAACUGAUUGAUUGAUAUUAUGGUACAAAAACGAAGUGAAAGGCCUCAGAUCUUGUAUUUUGUUUUCUAUUUCUUUUAUUGACUGUAGUGCAUGAUGCCUAAUCGAGGCUCCAAUGUCUUGCACAAUCCUACUUUAAUGCUAGUGGUUUUCAGUGUCUUUAUGAUUUAACACAGAAUUGUUACUUCAUCAACCUUAACAACUUUGCAGUUUUUUUAUUAUAAGAAAAUGAACAGAAAGGGAAUGUCUGGUUGCUAUGAAAUAGGAAAGGAGAGCUCAGUAUGACUCUAACAAUAGCCAAAAGUGUUUUGGGGUCUAGGUUAUACUUUGUUGGGAAGGAAUGUGUGGUGAGAUCAAGCUGCAGACAGAAAGCAUUGUAUGAGCUGUAUCUGGGUCAGGGUUUUCCAUCAAAAGAUGUUAGUUUUGCGACAGAUUACUUUAAGACCAUCUCCCUUCAAGUAACUCACAGUUUAUGUAAUACUUAGCUCAUUCUUUUUUUCUUUUUUUUCUUUUUGCCUGAAUCAGAAAUUACUGCAGAGUGUUAAGUUAGGGAAGAAACCUCAUUUCAUCCAUUCUAACACUCCUGAUGAAGUGCCCCUUUAGUUUCAUGAGAAUAAAGCUGUUCUGUGGCUGUCAUCCUUUA